GUGUGAUAAACAAUUUCACGUAAUCGAAGAAAUCCGAUUGUUAUACCAAAAAUUAAUUGAAUUUUGUGUACAAUUAUCGUGUGCUAUGGCAGAUACAAAAGCGCAAACUCCGGAGAAAAAAGCUGCACCUGCUGCGGCUAAAAAAGAUGCAAAGAGCAAGGGAAAACCUUCGAGGGGAAACCCAAGAAAUUAUGAUUUAGGAAAUGGUGUUUAUAGAUUCAGUCGUACACGUAUGUACCACAAGAAGGCUAUCUAUAAAUUUCUGGGGAAGAAGACUCCAAAGAAGCCCAAGCCGUCAACACCAUUGACUAUUGAAAAGAAGAUUGGUGGUGAUAAGAAUGGAGAAAAACGUAUCGUGCUUCUAAAAAAGAGACGUGCAAGCUACCCUACUGCUGAUCCAGUCACUGUACAUCAUUCUAAGAAAUGUUUCCAUGAACAUAGCCGUUAUCUACGACCUUCCCUGACACCUGGCACAGUAUGCAUUCUGUUAGCUGGACCUCACAAAGGAAAGAGAGUUGUCUUCUUGAAACAAUUGAAGAGUGGUUUACUUUUGGUUACAGGACCAUUCCUGAUCAAUGCCUGUCCCUUGCGAAGAGUUAGCCAGAAUUACGUGAUUGCCACCUCCACGAAGUUGGAUUUCUCUGGCGUUCAAUUGCCUAAGCGCAUAAAUGAUGAUUACUUCAAGAGAAAACGGGACAAGCGUGCCAAGAAAGAGGAGGGUGAUAUCUUUAGUAAGAAAAAGGAGGAGUAUAAACCAAGCGAUCAAAGAAAAGCUGAUCAGAAAAUAGUUGACAAACUAGUGAUUGAUACCAUCAAGAAGCAUCAAGAUAAAAAAUUGCUGUUUACUUAUUUGUCAGCAAUGUUUGGUUUGAGAAGCAGUCAGUAUCCACACCGAAUGAAAUUUUAAUUCAUGGCACUGAACUUUUCAAAUAAAAGAAAUAAAGAUAAAAUCUCAAAUUCUU